UCAAAUGCCUUUAUUGUCGUUGCACAGCUGUACAACGAAAGUCAAGUGCAGCGCCCAAAAAAAAAAAAAAAGAGACAAAAAGACAACACGCAACUUGACAUAGCACCCAUCUAUGCACAGGUAAUGUUCAGAUGUGAUAUGGUUUGCUCGAGGUUUUGGGCUGCCACUGCAUAAUUCCAAAGGGAUAUUUACUCUAAAAGUCUUACGUUUGGUUAGGUAAAGGUAAAAUCUUUUAUUUAUUCCAUUGUAUUUCUUCAUUUUCUAGUAUACUGAUGCUUACACUUAAAUCUCAGAAGUGUUACCUUUAUUUUGAUACACUUAUUAUUUAUACAGACCUUAUAGUAGCACAGAAAUAGUCAAUUAAUGUUGGGCAUUUAAUAGUGUAUACGUUUAUCAUUUUGAUAGAAAUUGUUGACAAGUAUUGUUCCAUUUCCUUCAAAAAAUACAAAUGCUUUAGUUAUUUUUGUUUGUAAAUUUACAUUUGUGAAUGUAAAUUUGUCAAGAAGUAAAAUGGGGUUCAUGAGGAAAAAUGCAUUAAUAUCUUUGUUACAGUAAUCGCAGUAAUAUUUCUAUGGUAAAUAGUAAGAUCUGAGAAAAUGUCAACUUUAUAUUUAGUAAUAUCCUUCCACAGCACACAGGUAAAAUUACAAGACAAGAAAUGCAGAAGAUAAGAAAUGUUUAACGGGAUAGAAUCAAUGAGCCAGAGGAUAUUUUGUUUAAAUGUUUGUUUGUUUUUAUUUUAUUCAUAGUCAGAAAAAGGCAAAUUGUUUGACAUUUAAAUACAGAUCACAGUAUUGAUAUAACUGCAAGACAGAAAUUAACAAUUAAAGACAGAAAAAAAAUACAAGGGGUCAUUCAGGAAUAAAGGUACACAGAUAUUCAUAAAGUACAUAGGGCCUUUCCAAUUUUACAGCAUUUUAUUUUAUUUUAUUUACAUAAAAUUUAGAAAUGCAGAAAAUACUGGGAUUUUUUUUUUAAUUGUUAAUACAAUAUUUUGCCAAAAUAAUUAGAUUAUUGGUCCAAAACUCUGCUUUCUUGUCCUCAAAUUGGACACCAACCUUUAUAUUCUCACAAUUUAGAGUCAUAAUAUUUUAAUCAUUAUAAGUCAACCAAUACUGAAAAAAAAUGUCCAAGUUGAAUAACAAGAGAAGAAAAGAUUGUUCUAAGGUUUCAAUGUCUGAGCUAUAGAAAGUGCACAUAUUCAAAUCCAAUGCCUUUUCAAUAAUGGAGGGCUUGAUGAAAACUGGAUAGUUUAAAAUGCACUGUGACCUUUAUUCUAAUGAGCAGAAGGCACCGCCCCCGCGCGCGGGGACUCUCGGGAAGUACCGGAUAUCCCUCGUGCGUCUGUCGAAUGGGCCACAAAGUACGGAGCAUGAAGGCACCCGAUUACAAGCUUGACUGUAGACGCGGCAGGUGAAUUCUCUGACUUCAUGCGCGACUGAGCGCAGUUGUCAGUCUCCGAGAUGGCCCUCUCAAAGUCUAGGACCUUUUCGGUGCUGCUUGUGAUGUCAGUUUUCCUUUUACUUUUUCUUGUAACAUGGGGAGAUUAUUCAAACAAUAUCAACUUGGCUGCUGUCUCAGGAUUGAAGAGACACAAACAUGAAGUAGUGUUUGACUUCUGGGAUAUAACAGGAAACUAUAGUGUGGCAAAAACUGCUGAUUCCACAACAACAAACCCGGUGACAAAACUAAAAGUGGAUCAGAUGAGAAGCUCUACACAUGCUGCUGUGGUUGAGACUCCCAUGCCCAUCCUCUUCAAAAAAUCCUUCAGGAAGGCUCCUCGGUGGGAUUUUGAUGAUGUUUAUAACCAGGAUGCUCCACCCAGACCCUGGACAUGUGCUGAGUCUCUGCGAAACUCUGAGGACGAGAGCUUCAAAAAGGCUUUCCUUCCCAACAUACGUGUGUUUCUGCACAAGGACAACAUCAAUGUGAGCGAGUGGAACCGGCUUUCACAUUUUAACAAUCCUUUUGGCUUUAUGCAGCUUCCAUAUGAUGAGGUGAUGAGUGCAGUGAAGUUGAUCCCAAAGCCAAAAGAGCCACUGCUCCUUCCAAUGCCAGGCAGCGAUGGGUGUGUGCGCUGUGCUGUGGUGGGCACCGGAGGAAUCCUCAACGGUUCCAAGAUGGGGAAAGAGAUCGAUGCUCAUGACUACGUUUUCCGGGUGAACGGUGCAGUCACUAAAGGUUACGAGGAGGACGUGGGAAACAGAACUUCGGUGUACGUUCACACGGCCUACUCCAUCCAUUCAGCGACGUAUUUAUUCAAGAGGUUCGGAUACAAAGCCGCCCCUCAUGAUGAGGGUAUAAAAUACGUGCUGAUACCUGAGGGGAGGAGGGAUUACAAUUGGCUCGGUGGUCUUCUGAGAGGAGAAAAGAUUACUAAUGGCUCAUAUAAAAACAGGAGGCCAAGAAUGUACUACUCUGGGCAGUACAACGAGUCCCGCUUCUAUGUUCUGCACCAGGAUUUCCUCAGAUACGUUCGAAACAGGUUCUUAAAGUCUCGUCAUAUGAAUUCUUCAUUCUGGGCAAUAAACAGACCGACCAAUGGGGCAUUUGCUCUCUUCCUGGCUCUGCAGACCUGUGACACUGUGAGUGCGUACGGAUUCAUGACUAAGGACUACAAGAAAUACAAUAACUACUACUUUCAGAAAAAUAUGAAAAAACGUGUGGUUUUCUACAUCAAUCACGACUAUAUCCUGGAGAUGAAGACGUGGAAAAAACUACAUGACAGCAAAAUACUGAGGCUCUAUCAAGGACCGGACUCAGAAAAAGGGACAGAAAAGCCGAAGUAGCACUGAUACUGAUACACUGAGGAUGGCAUCAAGAAUCUAGGUCAUUUAAUAAACUGUAAAUAAUUUUUGUUUACCCAAACCAUGUGAGACAGUAUGUAACUGACAGGUUUGUCUUUCUGCGAUGUUUCUACACCUUAGUUAUACUUUCCUAGAUAUUGUAAUAUGUAUUUGACUCUCACUGAUAUAAAUGGGGUGAACAAAAUACAAGUAACACCUCUCAGUACACACAGUUUAACAGCACUACAAACUACUGCCUCCAUGAACAAAAAGUUAAAUCAACACAUCCUGUAAAACAGUUUAAGAAAAACACUAUAACCUUCUGAAGGUAAGGGCUUUUGUGUCAGACUGCAUCAGUUUCAGCAAAUUGUGGCAAUUAGUUUUAAUUGAAGUUGUGUCAUUCUGAGAUAUCUAAGAUAUAUGUUUGAUAAUAUAAUAAAAAGUAUUUUAAUAAUUAAAUAAAUGGAAAUGUUAAA